AUGGAAGCAGAUGAAGUCUUUCAGGUUGAAGAACGGUUUGAGUCACCCCUUACUGUAACUCGUGUGGAACCGCUAUGCCUAGCCUCAACUAUAAAUACAUAUGAGCAAAUAUCUAAUGAAGCGAAUGAGAGAAUUGAGGAGGAAGACGAAGAAGUGGAAGAUUUUGAAGACGGAGGUGAUGAAAACGAGUUUUAUUAUUCAGAAGAAGAAUUUGAAGACGAAGAUGAUGGGGACGAAUCAUGUCAGGUAAUCGACGCAAGGAUAAAGGCCACAGUACCAACACUUCUUCUAGCAGUGUGGGGAAUAGGAGGGGGGAGGGUUAUCCCCUAA